CUGUCUGCCAUAAUCCGCCACUACACAUAACAACACAGGCUAUGUCUUAUGAUAGUCUUUAUAACAUGUUUUCGACAUACGAACUGACUGUUUGGUUAUAUCCAAAGAAAACUGCUGUACUCACUCAAUGAGGAACGCAGUUAAAUGUCAAAUUCGUACUACGUCAUUUUGUGUGUACUAAUUGGCAGCAGUGAUAUUGUCUUGUUUGUUUACAAAAGACAGUGUGGCUUUGCAGCUGUCAAAUAUUUAAUACAAAUAUUCAUGUCUGCGAUUUGUUUCGGGUAAUGGCUUCAUCAAUAACAGCCAGUGACAGUCUGUACAAAGCUGCAAACAUAGUAAAUGGAUUGGAUGAAUCCAAAUUUCCACUAUUGCUCAGUCGGAUUGCGCAGGUAAUGCAACAAUGUCCAGAUGACAAGAAGCCUUUCACAGAAGAAGAACAAGAAAAAUUGGAAGUUUCAUUAGCUCUUGAUAAAGAUGAUUUGAAACUUUUAAUAGAAUCUAGCACUCUCAUUCUGCAGCAGGCUGCAUACCAUAUGAUGAAACCAACAGUAUUACAGCAACAGCUGCAUGAUGUCCUUGGGUUAAAGGAAGAGAAAGCCAAAACCUUUGCCCAAGUUUGGGUGAAUUCUGCAAAAGGGAUAGUUGAACAACGUCGAAAGAAAUCUGUUUUUCCAGUACAGCUAGAAGAUGUGCGUUGGAAACUGGGUCUGCAGAUGGCAUCGGAUGUUCAACUGAAACAGAAGAUUCCAAAGGCUACCUUUCAGUUUGGUUUACUGUCAGAUUGUGAAGGUGAAAAAAUUAAGGAAAAUAUCACAUUGGAAUUCACUCAUGAUGAAUUGUUUGAAUUUCACAAGAAGCUGGAAGCUAUUCAAAGCCAACUAGAUGCUCUUAGAUGAAAUGGAGAAGAAUGAUCCAGAGUUUUUGAAGAGGAUUAUAUCUGUGUUCUCUUUUUAUUAUAUAAUAUAACUGAUUCACUUUUGUUUUAUUUAAUAAAAAUACAGGUAUUAUAUUCAGA